UCAGGACGACUUUUGUCGUACUCCCGAAUUAAACCAUUUCUUAUAAAACGACUAUUGUCGUCGUUACAGUUUAAAGGAUUAAUCGGACUCUGGUAGUAAGACCCAUCACUGAUAAGAAAUUUAAACAGAUUUAUGAUAUGCAAAAUUAGAGGCUACUUCCAUUUAACGGGAGGGAAAAUUUAGAGCAUUAAGAGGUUGCUUUCCAUUUAGGUAACUUCUUAAAUAUUCGGAGGGUAAUUCCCAUUGUUUUGGAGAGACAUUAAAUUACUUCCGCAAAUUAUAUCCUUAAAUCUAUCCCAAUUAAUUUAGUCGUCCUAAUGGAUGAUACUGUUCCAGACUUUCGAGAAUUACUAGCGAAAUAUGGUGGAGCCGUUACUUGACAAUACAAAUAACGUUGCCAUAUUUAGAGAAGUCGGAAGAUAUCGGCCGCAAGGAAGAAAAAGGCCAAUCUGCGGAUUAUGACAUGAUGUCAACUUUAAGAAGCAUCUGUGAGGCUGUGAAUCCGCAUGAAUCACGAUUUACACAAUCGAUAAAAUCUGCAACUGAAAUUUUACCAAUUCUCCUUCAAUGGUGUCCAAACCUGGAGUUAGUUAUCGCUGCAGAGCCGAUGCUUCACGAACAAUGUGCAGAAUUCAAGUAUUUUCAACCCCCAAAAACGCAUGGAUUAAUCAAGACGCCAAAAGUUGAAAGAAUGAUGUUAAAUCUUGCCCCUUCUAGUAGAAUAUGUAUUAACUUUUUUUCAAAAAUGAUAUCUGCAUGCAAAGGGUUAAUCUGGUUGGGUACUAGAGGCGACAGUGAAUCACUCCAAAUACUAUGGAGAAGAAUUCUUGCAUCGUCAGCAACUGGUGAAUGGACAAAAGUCGAGUCAAUUUGGUUCCAGUGGGAUGUCUUUCAAAAAUUGGAUAUGAACCUAUUGCGGAAGUCGUUUCCGAACUUAAAUAGAUUUGACAUUGACAUCAACCUUAAAACUAAUGAUGGAACCACUCGUGCGGAAGGGAUUCCAAAGAUGAAUACAAUUUUACACAUUUCAACCCUCCAAUUAACAUUCUCUGAAACGAAAAAAAUAUCGAUUGAGUCGUUAAGAAAAUCUAUUUGCACUAUGUGUUCUACAUUCCCAAAUUUGACUUUAUUCGUGAUCGUGGCUAAUGUUUUGCCAAACAAAGUCAGAUUAGUAUCAAGGGACACGGAUCGUUACUCAGGCAAGGCUGGUGGUACGGAUGAGGAAUUGAACAAGGAAACUUUGGACGAAGAUGAACAUUUUGCCUUGGUAGUUUUUAAACUUGUCCAGCCAUAUGAACACAUUCUGUUCAGGUUUCUUAAUUUCCAGUUUCAAAUGAAGCCUGAAAUCAAGACGCUUAUGACAACUCACGACAUCAAGAACGUAGCGUUCCAGUAGAACGAUUUAGAUAUGUUGGGAUUUACAUAAAUAUAUGUGACGUUUUCUCCUUUUCGUAGAUUACGAAUUUUCAUGGUCUUAUAAAUUCUAUUUAUGUAUGUACUUCGUGACUACGGUUUCCCAUAUGUACAUAUAUAUAAAGGUGGCGUACCAUUACCAACUUGGCCAACUUGUGUCAAAUCAAUUUGAAUUUGAUAAUGGUAUUCUGACAAGCAUGGCCAUGUAGUCAUUCAAACUUUCAAGUACAUAUGUAUGUAUACCUAUAUACGAAUAUCUCUUUUAACCAUGCAUACCAGACUUAUAAUAUAAAUAAGGUUAAAACGUUUAACUUUUAAACAGACCGAAUAAAAUGGUUAUCUUGGUCAGAAUCUACAGUAACCUACAUUUUCUUAGCUUAAAACGCCAUAUACACUUGCAUAUACAUACAUAUGUACAUAAAUCUAAUCUAUCAACAUUGCCUUUUCAAGAAACUUAUAUUAUGUAA